AGGGGCCAGGGACAGUUUCAGGCCGCCAGUAAUGUGCCAGAGCCUAGGGGAGAGACCAUUCCCAGGGCGGGGGAGUUUUCUGUGGCUGCUAGUAGCGUGCCAACGUUAGGGGAAGAGGGGGCGGUCUGUGGUUGCUAGCGAGGUGCCAAGGGGAGGAGCCUAUCCGGCGGUGGGCUGUCUCUUGCUGCCAGUGACGGGGGCGGAUACUAUGCGGGGAGGCUGAGUGGGCGGGACUCAGUUCCAGGCCUGAGUGAUCGCUGCUGUCAGGGAGUGGUUGUACAGUCGGACCCGCCGGACGUUUGAGUUUAGCAGCAACUGGAUUGUACAGACGGGGGAGCUUCCGUAGUUGUGGCCGCUGGUGGAUUUGCUCAUCCUGGAUGGCUGUGCAGAACUUGUGGGGCGGCAGUAGGCAGGGCCUCUCCUGAGCAAGUGGCAGCAGCAGCCGGACCCUCCAUGACGGGCUGAGUAGUGUCGGUCCCGCAGGGACUGUAGGAAGUGCGAGUCACCAGCGGACUCCCCUCAAUUCUCCCACAAGUAUCUCCCCCCCUCCCUCCGCAGGGAGAGGAACCCGAGCUGCGCCAUGACUGCCACCCCGGCCGCCAGCAGCUCCUCCAACCCGAGGAAAUUCAGCGAGAAGAUCGCGCUGCACAACCAGAAACAGGCCGAGGAGACGCGCGCUUUUGAUGAGCUCAUGUCAGACCUGACAGUGUCCCGGGUCCAGUUUCAAAAGGUGCAACAGUUGCGACUUCAACAAUCUAGGGCUCAGUAUUAUGGUGGCUCUUUGCCAAAUGUCAACCAGAUUGGCAGCAGUCCAACCGAUUUCCAGCCUUCUUUUCACCCUGUGGAUAAUAUACGAGGUAUGCGCCACCAUGGACUUGUGGAGAGAGUUUCCCGUAAUCGCAUUCACUCUUCUCAUCACAGACCUGUAGAGAAGCAUGGACGUCAAUGUGACAGUUCUCCGUAUGGAUCUGUUUAUCUCUCUCCCCCACCUGAUAAUAACUGGAGAAGGCAGCAGGUUCCUUGGAACGAAGAGAAACGGCCUGGAUUUAGACUUUUAUCUGCUCUUAACAGAACAAAUUCUGAUUCAGCCCUUCACACCAGUGCCUCAAGUACCAAAAUGCAGGAUCCUUUUUUGGGAGGAACCCAAGCUAUGCUGAGGGCCCCAAAACCCCCACAACGAAACCCAAGUUUACAAGAUGGUGAAAUCGACAACUUUGGAGAAGCUCUUUCAGUUUUCUCUUAUCCUACUGCUAUGAUGGAGGAGAAUAUGCUGAAUGUAUCUAAGCCACUGCCCAAGCAAAUAUGGGAAGCUCAAAAGAUCCAGUGUAUUACGUCGCGUCCAAGGUCCUGCGAGGUGCCUGGCAUCAAAGUUUUUCCAUCCUCUGAUUCAAAUGCAAGCCUGUCACAUUUUCAGGGGAGCCUUAAUACAGGAGGGUCACUGCCAGAUCUCACAAACUUGCAUUUCCCAUCCCCUCUGCCAACCCCUUUGGAUCCGGACGAUACAGCCUAUGCCAACAUUAGCGCUGAGAACAGCUCAGGUCUCCCUGCUGCCAUGACUCAUCUUGGCAUCAGUGGCUCGCCAGGUAUUCAGAACACGCGCAGUAACCCUUCCAUCCAGGCAACGAUGAACAAUAGCUCUCUUGCUUCUAAUGUCAACAACCACACACCCCAAGGCCACAACAACCAAGCACUUCAUCCAUCUCUGCGUCUCUCCUCUCUCAGCAACCCUUCUCUUCCUACCUCUGGUCUUGGAAGUUCCCCAAGACGCAGGCACACUCCUGUAAGCCCUCUGACUUUAACUCCAGGCAGCGAGUCCAACCGUAGCAUCAGCAACCAGUUCUCACCGACUAGCCCUAUGAACAUGCCAUUAAAUUCACAGGGUGUUUCUAUGGACCGAAGUCCACUUUCCCUUCCUCCCCUGGAGCCUCCACCGCCUUAUCCCUUAUAUGCAGAUCAACCCCAACCUCCGCUUCAUCAUACACACCAACAAAUGCAUGAAUCUCCAGAGUCUCAAAACUUCCAGCCUCCUUCACCAGUACCCUGUCCCCCUCUUGAUCUGAACCUGGCUAAUAGCUCACUGAGUGGAUUCUUUGGAGAUUCUUUUUUCGAUCAUCAGCAACCUACAAAGCAGGGGAAAUAUCUGUGGCAGCAGCAAGAACAGUAUGACAUGUUUGGAAGCCCAAGCAGCUCCCUUCCCAAUACUAACGCAUUCUUUGAUCCGAAUAUGAAUCUUCAGUACUCCCAAGCAUCAUUAAUGGGCCUAGGAGGCAGCCAUGGAAAUCUGCAGGAUUCUUUUCAACUGCGGCCCAAUUAUCUGUAUUCUAACUGCGGUGGGAGUGUCCCAAACAUAAUCCUUACAGAUGACUCAAGCAACAGUUUAUCAAAGGACAUUAGCAAUGCUGUUGCUGGUGUUUCUGAGCUGGGUUUUGAUGCAGAUAAUACAUUUCAGUUGGAUGAUGAGCUGAAACUUGGACCUCUGAGCCUAGAUGGGCUUAGCAUGCUAAGUGACCCAGACAUGGUUCUGCCUGACCCCUCAAUAGAGGACAGUUUCCGUUCGGACAAGCUGUGAUCCAGACUCCAAGCAGAGUACAGUCUGCACUUACAGAGAGAAAAGAGUCCGUUUGGGUAGCAGAAAGACUUGAACAUAUAUACCGUCACUAAUUUUACUUCUUAUGGUCCUUAAAAAACAGAAAUGUUGGAGCUUCCCAACCGUUAUUUAACAUUUAUAUUUUACUGGACAAGAAGGGGAAAAUGUUUUCAAAAAGGUCUGGGACAAAAUGUCUUUGUUUAAAGAAAGCCAGUAAUUUAGAGAACCACCUACAUUUCUCUGUGAAGCCACCUUUUAAAUUUUUUAAGACUACAAUGUGCCAUGGCCUUACUCUUUUUUAUCAUCAGAGACGUGCAACACAUGAACCAGUGCUCUGGAGCUCCUCUGGUAGUGAAGGAUUCAUGUAUAUGGAUAUAUGUGACCUUGCAUCUUACAUUAAAAGGAAACAAAAAGGACAUCCACCAUUAGUCAUACAGACUUGGAUAAACAUCAUUCUGUAUGUUACAUAGACUGAAACCACUGACCUCAUCCUUUGCGAAAUAAUAACUUAAUGACCAGGUUUGUUUGAACUUUGACAUGAAUUGCUGCCAACAUUGAUAUAUGGUAUGAAAUCAUACCAAAAUAACAAUAUGAAAUGAAACGUUUAGUGCCUUAAUAUUAGCCAUCUGAAUGAAACCCCAUAGCCGGAUAAUUCUAUUUUCACAGUUGUUUUUCCCUUGUGGUCCAACCUGACUAGCCUUCUAACCCAGCUCUUCUCAUUGGUUUAAACUUUUUCCUACUUAUCUUCAGAUGUCUGCUUCAUAACUACAGAACGCAAUGCUGUUUCCAACAGAAGCAGUAAAUGGAAGAGCUGAAUUUAUGGGAAAUCAGCCAAUAUAAUAUAUAGAGAGUACAAUUACGUUCAGGCGGCAUCAGCUUGUUGAUAUAUUUUUUUAAACCGGAAAUUUUUUAAUAGUAAAUAUUGGUCUUCCUUGACCAAAUUACUCAUUGGGUUAAUCACCAGCCAGUUUCUAUGGACAUACAAAACAAUCAAAUCUCCCUUUAUUCUAGAUUUUUACAAUCAUCUAUAAUGCCUUUUUAUUUUUUUAAUAUGGCAUAAUUUGGAUUUGAAAGUAGCCAUAUAUUAAUCCUACAAAUGACUCGUGGGAAACCUUAUGUAAUUUGUUAAUCCCACUGGCAAAAUACUUGCCAUAGGAAAGAGUGCAAUAGGCUAACACUAUCAGUGUAAUUGUGUUUCUGAGAAAUCCUUUUCACUGUGCAGUAGUGCCUUGCUCCAGCAUCCCACAAGCUUUCUUCACAAAUCUGUGUGUUUGUCACAUGUGUAGUACAGUUGUUUUUGCUUUAGAAUAGUCCAGUGAUUUGCCAUUACCAGGGGUUUAAUUGUAGCUUGUUUUUUCCACAGGCCAAGGAUCAACCCCGUGUGGCGUUAGCCUUUACCCAGUGAGAUUAUUUU